UAACAACUGUGGUACCAGAAAUAGCUCAACUUGCUAUGCGUUAUUAUCGUGCUUCAUCAUUUCCAACUGAACAUCAUCGACAAAAGCGAUUUUUAUUUAAUGAAAAUAUACCAAAAAAAUGGUAG